AUGUUAUUUUGUCCUUAUGUCGUGGUGCAUAAAUAUGAUAACAAACCACUUUUUUAUAGGUGUGCAUGUAGCUUGUGUCGUACUCAACUGCUGACAGAUGCCAUUGAAUACCGUUGUUGUCAAGAGGUUGGGCCUACUUUACAUAAACUGGUAUUCGAUGGUAGCAUUGAAAAAAUUAGCUGUGUUACUCUUCACGAAGAGUACACGAUUAUGACACAUGCUACAGUCUUGAAGAAUGUUCGCUCACUUCUAAGAGACCAAGAUGGAAGGUCAUACAAGUGUCGUAGAAUACACGAAAAUGAAUACUUGAGAGCAGUUGCAUACCAUUGGGUCAUUCGAUGGCUGUGUGGAUGCCUUGGUUGGGAAAAUUGUAUACCAUUACCUGCAUGUAUCUACACAGACAUCCGAAAACGAUUUCCAUUACGAAAUCCCCUAGGCCAAGAACAUGCUGGCUACAAGUCAGCACAGGAAAGAAACUGAUAGAAGUAGGAAACAUUUUUUGUAGCAUAGUAUAUUAUUUUAUAACUAACUUUAAAGUUGGCCUGCUAAGAAUAUUUGUCAAGUAAUUCUUGUGGACAAUGACUUUUUGGAUGUCCUUUCAUUGGCUGUCCACAAUUUUUGCA